AAUUUUUUCACAAAUUUAUGAGUUGUAUUGUGAUGACACAGCAUCGCCACAUUUAUAUUAUCAAUUAGCAUUAAUGUAUUCAAGUAAACUUUUCAUUAAUAAAGAUGAUGAAUAUAAUGAAAAUGCUGGUCUAAAGCCUAAUAAUAUUAUUUGUAAUUUUGGAAAUUGUAGAGCUUACUGGUCAAUUUGA